CUUCAACACCCCCCCCCCCCCCCACCAACAACAACAACAACAAACCCACCCCCAAGCCCAUGGCGUUCCGGAAAGCCUUCCAGGUGGCCUGUGGCAUCGCCGGCACGGCGGCCGUGGUAGUGGCGGCGGCAGCGACUCAGAGGCGCGGCGAGGGCAGGGUAGAGGCGGCGGCGGUGAGCUGGAGCCCGAGUGUGGGCCUGGAGCAGCGAGCCGCCGCCAGCUGGGACGCCAACUGGGACAAGCGGGAGCCAAUUUCACUUAUUAAACCCAACAAGAAAAAUAAAGAGGACUCGGAUGACUUGUCUACUCAACUUGAAAAUUACAAAGUCAAAGCCACGAGGCACAUUUUCCUCAUCAGACAUUCCCAGUAUAAUCUGUCGGCUUCAACAGACAAGGAGAGAAUUCUGACGUCAUUGGGGCGUGAACAGGCUGAGCUAACUGGUCAGCGUCUGGCAAGUCUGGGAUUGAAUUAUGACAUCCUGAUUCACUCCAGUAUGACCAGAGCAAAAGAGACGGCAGCAAUUAUUAGUAGAUACCUGCCAGGUUUGGAAAUGAUGAGUUGCGACUUGCUGAGAGAAGGAGCACCAAUUGAACCUGUCCCACCAGUCAGCCAUUGGAAACCAGAGGCUAUGCAGUAUCAUGAAGAUGGUGCAAGGAUUGAAGCUGCCUUCCGUCACUACAUCCACAGAGCGGAUUUGAAGCAAGAGAACGAUAGUUAUGAGAUCAUUGUCUGUCAUGCAAAUGUUAUCCGCUAUUUUGUUUGCAGAGCUUUGCAGUUCCCUCCAGAAGGCUGGCUGAGGAUGUGUCUCAACAAUGGCAGCAUCACCUGGCUUACCAUCCGCCCUAAUGGGAGGGUUGCACUCAGAACGUUAGGAGACACAGGCUUCAUGCCUCCUGACAAACUAACUCGCUAAAACAAAACUGUUGCUUGUAAUUUGGAAAUCUUAUGCUUCACUGUCACAGUGUAAAAUGUUAUCUAUUACUUGAAAUGAUACCUGCUAUCACUGUCAGUUUACAACAGAUUUUUAUUUUAAAAUUAUUUUUCCCAGUUUUCUUUACAAUUUUUAAUCACACCCCUGAAUCCUAAUGUAUGUACGUGUGUGUGUGUGUGUGUGUGUGGAAUAUAAUCAAUGUUGAUUUAUUUUGACUGAUUAUAGGUGCACAAGAUGGCUCCACCUGUGCAACUGUUUCCAUUCUCUUUCACUCCCUUACCUCAUCUUGUAACCUUGUUAAGAAAUAGUAAAACUUGACAUAGGGAGAUGCAAAGCCUGGUCCCGAGUGUCUUUAUCACUGUACCAGUAUCUUGCUUUUUUAAAUUUCAAAUUAAGGGUGUAUUGCUGGUAAAACGGUUGCUUUUUCUGAAUUAAAUACAGCAGAGACCCGUUUUUGAUGUUAGAUCCCUAUUGGUAAUACAACUUCUUAUAGUGGUUAAUGGUUGGUCAAUUGAGGCAUAUUAAUCAGGUCUUCUCCCUGGUUCAGUGUGUAGCUUUCCAACCCAGGAAAGCCCUUCCUUUCCUGUACUAUUAACUGACCUCAGCCUUCUAAGCCACUAAUGCUCGGGGGGCGAUGGGAGGAGAGCAAUGGGAUGGAUCUUACUCUCUAAAAAUUGCUAUUAGAAUUGUGGAUCUGGCUGUGAUACCACUAUUAAGACUAACAUGAAAUAUGGUGAUAGACCAUAAGACAUAGGAGCAGAAAUUAGGCCAUUCGGCCCAUCGAGUCUGCUCCGCCAUUCAAUCAUGGCUGAUAAGUUUCUCAACCCCAUUCUCCCUGUAACCUUUGAACCCAUUGAAUUAUAAGCAAAAUAACGUUUAUCUAUGUAGCACACGCAGCAGAGUGCUUCACAGCCAAUUAAUUAACUUUGAAAAAGUCACUAUUAUAUAAUGCCUCAACAGCUUCAAGAAAGGGUGAGGGUGGGUUAAAUAAGUGUUUUAUAAUCAGUGAGACAAACAGAUUUGGUAAUUGGUGAUCAAGAUAUGGAACUAGCAUCAUGUCUUUGCAUUAAGCAGUUUACCUGAUUGUAUCAAUGUUUUUUUUUCAGGCUAAUACAUCAAUGCAAUAUUAAAUUCAAUACAGGGUUCCGCAAUAAAGGGUUUUUAACAAA